AGGCGAGGAGGACGCACAACCAACCAGUGUGAAGUGCAAGCUAUAGCUGUGUUCUUUUCCACUGCGCAAAACAAAAUCUAAUUUCCAGUCAGUUUUCAAUUUUUGGGUUCCAGGUGAAGGCCUAACCUGUGCUUCAUAGCCUAAACGCAGGAUUGUGGGGGUGAGGGUCUGUGGGGGUGAGGGUACCCAUGUGCAAAGAUGUCAGACGAGAGACAGGUGAUGCGCUCUCUGCAUGCAUCCCGUCUUCAACAGAGGGAGCACAGCCACGGAACGUGCCGUCGAACAGCAUGAGGUGAGGGAUUCUUCCGCUCAUCAUAUCUAAGCAGAACAGGGACCAUGAAAGCAGCAGAGCGGCGAUUUGAGCAGCUGUAUCGUCCUACGAAUACUCCAGACAUCCUUUCACUCUAAAAGCGUUCUCUUCUUACCGACGUUGAAUGACAAGGCGGAAUGGCAGGUGGACGUCGAGGACUUGUGGCCCCACAAAACACUUUUCUCGAGAACAUCGUCCGACGAUCCAAUGAUACCAACUUUGUUCUGGGCAAUGCCCAGAUUGUGGACUGGCCCAUUGUGUACAGCAACGACGGCUUCUGCAAGCUCUCCGGUUACCACCGUGCUGAGGUCAUGCAGAAAAGUAGCACCUGCAGUUUCAUGUAUGGGGAGCUCACAGACAAGGAGACGGGUGAGAAAGUGCAACAGACCUUUGAGAAUUAUGAGAUGAAUUCGUUCGAAAUCCUCAUGUAUAAGAAGAAUCGGAUGCCGGUGUGGUUCUUUGUAAAGAUCGCUCCUAUCAGGAAUGAGCAGGACAAGGUGGUGUUGUUUCUGUGCACCUUCAGUGACAUCACUGCGUUCAAACAGCCCAUUGAGGAUGACUCUGUGAAAGGAUGGGGUAAAUUCGCUCGACUCACACGGGCUCUGACCAGCAGCCGAGGAGUGUUGCAGCAGCUGGCGCCCACCGUCCACAAGGGCGAGAACGUCCACAAGCACUCUCGUCUGGCUGAGGUCCUUCAGCUGGGCUCAGACAUCCUCCCGCAGUACAAGCAGGAGACGCCUAAAACUCCUCCCCACAUCAUCCUCCACUAUUGCGCCUUCAAGACCACCUGGGACUGGGUCAUCCUCAUCCUGACCUUCUACACAGCCAUCAUGGUGCCCUACAACGUCUCAUUCAAGACCAAGCAGAACAACGUCACCUGGCUGGUGGUGGACAGCAUCGUGGAUGUCAUCUUUCUGGUGGACAUCGUGCUCAACUUCCAUACCACGUUUGUGGGGCCAGCCGGAGAGGUCAUCUCGGACCCCAAACUGAUCCGGAUGAACUACGUCAAGACGUGGUUCGUCAUCGACCUGCUCUCCUGCCUGCCGUACGACGUCAUCAACGCCUUUGAGAACGUUGACGAGGGCAUCAGCAGUCUCUUCAGCUCCCUCAAAGUGGUCCGUCUGCUCCGCUUGGGCCGGGUGGCCCGUAAACUGGACCACUACAUUGAGUACGGGGCCGCUGUCCUGGUCCUGCUGGUGUGCGUCUUUGGCCUGGCUGCCCACUGGUUGGCCUGCAUCUGGUACAGCAUCGGCGACUACGAGGUCAUCGACGAGAACACCAACAGUGUGAGGAUGGACAGCUGGCUCUACAUAUUGAGCGAAUCGGUGGGGACACCAUACCGGUUCAACGCCAGUGGCUCUGGGAGGUGGGAGGGCGGGCCUAGCAAGGACUCAGUCUACAUCACUUCCCUGUACUUCACCAUGACCAGCCUGACCAGCAUCGGCUUCGGCAACAUCGCCCCCACCACCGACGGAGAAAAACUCUUCGCUGUGGCAAUGAUGAUGAUCGGAUCACUCCUGUAUGCCACCAUCUUCGGUAACGUGACUACCAUCUUCCAGCAGAUGUACGCCAACACCAACCGCUACCACGAGAUGCUCAACAGCGUCCGCGACUUCCUCAAGCUCUACCAGGUGCCCAAGGGCCUCAGCGAACGCGUCAUGGACUACAUUGUCUCCACGUGGUCCAUGUCUAGAGGCAUCGAUACAGACAAGGUGUUGCAGAUCUGCCCCAAGGACAUGCGGGCGGACAUUUGCGUCCAUCUUAACAGAAAGGUGUUCAAGGAGCACCCAGCCUUCAGACUCGCGAGCGACUGGUGCCUACGGGCCCUGGCCAUGGAGUUCCAGACCAUCCACAGUGCCCCCGGAGACCUCAUCUACCACGCGGGCGAAAGCGUAGACAGCCUCUGCUUUGUGGUGUCCGGGUCCUUGGAGGUCAUCCAGGACGAUGAGGUUGUGGCCAUAUUAGGAAAGGGAGACGUGUUUGGGGACAUCUUCUGGAAGGAGGUGACCCUAGCCCAGGCUUGCGCCAACGUUCGGGCCUUGACUUACUGUGACCUCCACGUCAUCAAGCGUGAAGCUCUGCAGAAAGUUCUGGAGUUCUACACGGCCUUCUCUAACCACUUCUCCCGCAACCUGCUGCUCACCUAUAACCUCAGAAAGAGGAUAGUGUUCCGGAAGAUCAGUGAUGUGAAACGUGAGGAAGAGGAGAUGCUCAAGAGGAAUAAUGAGGCCCCUCUGAACCUUCCUCCGGACCACCCCGUCCGUCGCCUCUUCCAGCGCUUCCGGCAGCAGAGGGAGGCGCGACUUGCAGCAGAGCGAGCUAGUCAGGGGGAGCCACCAGACGUGGAGAAGGGCACCAUCCACCUGGAGCAAACCAAGAUCCACGAGGUCCUCGCUUCCACCAGCAUCAUCAUGGUGACCGAGAGCCCUGCCACUCCCACAGCUUCGUCCACAUUGUCAUCUUUGUCCUCCAGGCCCUCUAGCCGAGUCAUGCUUCAUGCCCCUGCCAUCCAAAAUGGCAACCUCAUAGGCUGCAAGUCCGCAGAGCCAGCGCCAAAGACCAAAAAGGGCUGGGGUCGUUUCAAGGAAUCCGUUGUGAAAGCAGAGUCAUGGAGCAGCGUUUCUAAGGCCGAGUCCAUGGAGACCUUGCCGGACAGGACUAAGUCCCAUAACGAGAUGUCUCUCAAGAAGACGGACUCUUGUGACAGCGGUAUUACCAAGAGCGACCUGCGCUUAGAUAACGUGGGUGACGCCCGCACUCCGCAGGACCGGAGCCCUGUGCAGUCAGAAAGGAAGCUGGUAGUCUGUCCUAUACCCGUACAGACCAUGCACGCCUCUUUCCUGGAGCUGAAGCAGGAACUUAGGGGAGACAUUGGGUCUCUUAAUGGCCGCAUGGCGGUGGUGGAGGCACAGCUGGCCGAGAUGCUUCAACUGCUAAAAUCGAAAAAGGCCUCUAGGUCGAGAAAGGCCUCUCGCUCAUCCAGUUUCUUUGAGAUGUCACGACCGGUAUCCCCCGAUUCCGAUAAGGACGACAGCUUCUCACAAUCUUGACACUGCAUGUUUUAGCAGGCUAUGCAAUGUUUCCCAACUCUAGUCCCCAACAGUACACACUUUUUUGGUGUAGCCCCGGACAAGCACACCUGAUUCAACUUGUUAAUUAUCAAGCCCUCAAUGAGUUGAAUCAGGUGAGUUUGUCCGGCGCUACACCAAAAAUGUGUGCUGUUGGCGGUACUCAAACCGGAGUUGUGAAACAUUGGUCUAUGGGACAUGAAGUGAAUACAUCCUAGAGUUCAUCCAGGAGCUGGCUGAGGUGUCACAAAAUUCUGAGAGGUUUUGUGAAGACUUGGGCAAUAAGAUGUUCCCAAAUUAGUACAGAUGAGUAAUGAGGGAUUUUCUUACCCUUUUAUUAUUAUUAUUAUUAUUAUUAGAUAUAGGGGUAAUCUGGAUAAAAAGAUACACAUCUGGAUUAUCUCUGCACCUUGGGGAACAUACUGUAUGAUAUUCCAUGGAUCUACUUUUGUAGGGGUUUAAACUGUAAACAGCAUAAAUAAUGCAUUUGUUGUCGAAUUUCUUUUCAAUUGGACUCAUUUUAGUUUUAACUUGGUCACACAUUUCUCAUGGUAAAACCUAAAACCUUUAAGGAGGUUUUCAUAAAAUCUGUGCACUCAAUUGAAAUUAGCAAUAAUAUUUUAUUGCAUUUAUAUAGUUUUUCACCAGGUCUCAAAGCACUUCACUUUGCAGGGGGUGAUGUGGCCAUGAUAACAUGAACACUGUGGAGCAACAGCGAAGAUGCACAUAUCUAAAAGGGCAUUGUCUAUGAAUGGAUUUGCUUUCGUUAUAGUUUGUCAAAGGUUAAUGCAUUACUGGGAUAAAGUACAAUCUUGUAAAUAAUGAUAGAUUGUUAUGUUGGAUAUCCAUUACUGCCCAAUGGCAGCAGGUACAUGUACAGUACAUGAGCACAGUUGCACAAUAUGAAAGUGUACCAUGUGUGGUAUAAUUUCAGUGGGAAAGCUGGAUAUUUAGAAUUUUUGUGUGUGUUAAAUGUCCUCGCACGAUAACAUGUUUGGUCAUUAUAAUACGGUAUGUUGCAAAAUUUAAGUUACACCAAAAAUACAUGUUUGAGCCAUUUCUAAAAUAGCCGUUUUCACCCCAUCCAACCGUUAUGUUAUUUGGUUUUGUCCAGUCAACAACCAAACAAAUGUUGCUAUGCUAGCUCAAAGCUCGCAUUGGGAACAACUGUAAACUUGUUUAGUAACGCAAAUUUCCAGAAAAAUACCUUGAAAGCAGUGUGGCUUGUUAUUUACGUCAUUGCUCUCUCUUUGUAUUAAAAUGAGGGGAAAAUCA